AGCGCGCGCUGAGAUACUUCAAAGCUUCGCGUGCAGGCACGAGGGAGAAACCCGCACAAGCUCGCGCAUCUUCCUCCUCUCCUUUGUUAGGUCUAUCUGAUAGUCCCGGGUCCGAUCCUAGAGCAGCUUCAGAUCGGUCCGCGUGUUGCGCAGUUCAGUGCUGUUAGGUUAUAUAACAGAAUCAGCAGGAUGUUCGAGGCGCGACUGGUGCAGGGUUCCAUCCUGAAGAAGGUCCUGGAGGCUCUGAAGGACCUGAUCACCGAGGCCUGCUGGGAUGUGAGCUCCUCCGGGAUCUCUCUGCAGAGCAUGGACUCCUCUCACGUGUCCCUGGUGCAGCUCACACUGCGCAGCGAUGGGUUCGAUUCCUACCGCUGCGACAGGAACCUCGCCAUGGGGGUCAACCUCAGCAGUAUGUCGAAGAUCUUGAAGUGUGCUGGAAAUGAAGACAUCAUCACACUGAGAGCAGAAGAUAAUGCAGAUUCUCUUGCUCUGGUCUUCGAGACUCUCAAUCAGGAGAAAGUCUCCGACUAUGAGAUGAAAUUGAUGGACUUGGAUGUGGAGCAGCUUGGAAUUCCAGAGCAGGAGUACAGCUGCGUGGUGAAGAUGCCCUCCGGUGAAUUUGCCAGGAUCUGCAGGGAUUUGUCCCAGAUCGGUGAUGCUGUUAUGAUUUCCUGUGCUAAAGAUGGAGUAAAGUUCUCCGCCAGCGGUGAGCUGGGAACAGGAAACGUCAAGCUGUCCCAAACCAGCAACGUGGACAAAGAAGACGAGGCUGUAACGAUUGAGAUGAAUGAACCAGUGCAGCUGAUCUUUGCUCUGAACUACCUGAACUUCUUCACCAAGGCCACGCCUCUGUCCAAAACAGUCACCCUCAGCAUGUCUGCAGAUAUUCCACUCGUGGUGGAGUACAAGAUCGCAGACAUGGGUCACGUUAAAUACUACCUGGCCCCCAAAAUUGACGAGGAGACGUCAUGAAUUCCUUAAAACCCUGACAGCUUCAACCCAGACUCCGAUUCUUCCUUUUACGUCUUUGCUCCUUCUGGAUUCACAAACCACAGGAGCAGGAAUGACUGUUCGAACCAUCAUAGGUCACGUGCGGCAUCUUCAGCUUGUGUUUUCCUUUCUUCUUUGUUUUGACUCCAUUGCUCUCCCCCUAUAAGCACUAUGAUAUCCCUGUUUCAGUCAUGUGUAGAUAAUUAUCUGUAAAUAUAAUAGUUGGACUCCAACAUGUUACCCACAAAUAAAACUUUUGUAAUGGUGAAA